AACUCUCUGUUUCUAUUCCAGCCACUAGUCAAAUAUGAUUAGUGUAUUGAUAUUGAUGGAAAGAAGAGAAUAACAUUCAAAACCAUUUGAAGAUCCUAAUUCCAAACCCUAAAGGUGGGCUGUUAUUGCGGGAGGCUACCAGACAUGUCGAGAUUUUCCGAUGUCAAUUCCAACGCAUUAUCACCUCCGAACCCUUCAUGGUUCACCCCUAAAAGGUUGCUUGGGAUAUUUUGUGUGAUUAACUUGUUAAAUUAUGUGGAUCGUGGAGCAAUAGCAAGCAACGGUGUAAAUGGUAGUCGUGGAACUUGCACAGAAAGUGGUACAUGCACAUCUGGUACCGGAAUUCAGGGUGAUUUUAACUUGAACAAUUUUGAAGAUGGUGUUCUAUCUUCUGCCUUCAUGGUUGGUCUUCUUGUGGCAUCUCCAAUAUUUGCAUCCUUAGCGAAGAGUGUUAAUCCUUUCAGGCUUAUUGGAGUUGGAUUAUCAGUUUGGACUUUUGCUACAGCUGGUUGUGGUAUUGCAUUUGAUUUUUGGUCCAUCACUAUCUGCCGCAUGCUAGUUGGUGUUGGUGAAGCUUCUUUCAUAAGUCUUGCAGCUCCAUUCAUUGAUGAUAAUGCUCCAGUGGAUCAGAAAACGGCAUGGCUUGGAAUAUUUUACAUGUGUAUACCUGCUGGAGUUGCGCUUGGCUAUGUUUAUGGUGGAUUGGUUGGGGGUUACAGCAGUUGGCGUUUUGCAUUCUUUGGGGAGGCCAUUUUGAUGUUGCCAUUUGCUGUUUUAGGUUUUGUUAUGAAACCUUUGCAAUUGAAAGGUUUUUCUCCUGCGGAAUCGAAAAAAGCAUUGACAGCUGUCUCAGAAGUUAAAGAUGAUUCAACCGGUAAAGGUGGCAUGCUAUCCAUGAAGGAAGAAUUCGUAGAUCAAACCUCAAAAGGACCUUCCAAGCCAAAAUGUGGAUUUAUUAAUCUGGAUCAGUUAUCAAGAUUUUUGAAAGAUAUGAAAGUGCUUUUGCUUGAGCAGGUUUACGUCGUAAAUGUUCUAGGUUACAUAGCUUACAACUUUGUCAUAGGUGCAUAUUCAUAUUGGGGGCCAAAAGCUGGUUAUAAUAUAUAUCACAUGAGCGACGCUGAUUUGGUUUUUGGAGGGAUCACAAUUGUCUCCGGAAUAUUGGGAACAGUAGCAGGAGGUUUUGUUCUGGAUAAAAUGACUAACACAAUCCCCAAUGCUUUUAAGCUUCUCUCAGCAGCAACAUUUCUGGGGGCCGGGUUUUGCUUUACUGCGUUCUGUUUUAAGAACCUAUAUGCUUUCCUUGCUCUUUUUGCUAUUGGUGAGCUACUUGUAUUUGCUACUCAGGGUCCUGUGAAUUAUGUAUCUCUCCAUUGUGUUAAACCAAGUAUGAGACCGCUCUCUAUGGCUAUGUCUACUGUCUCAAUUCAUAUCUUUGGCGAUGUGCCUUCUUCUCCACUUGUUGGGGUUCUCCAGGACUACGUUAACAACUGGAGGGAAACUGCUCUGAUUCUGACAUCCGUUCUGUUUCUGGCAGCUGGAAUCUGGUUUAUAGGGAUUUUUGUUCACAGUGUGGACAGAUUCAAUGAAGAUAGUGACCAUCCAGUGAUAAUGAUCGGCACGUCAAGCACAAUGCCCUUGCUUGAAGAGAGCAUUGCAGAAAGAACAGAACUGUAAAUACUUGCCAGAAUAAGCAGUUCCGGUGCUGUCUGGCUGGCCCAGACUUAUAUUUUGUGUACAUGCUCACUCUUGAUGCUUUUCUUGUUUGUAAAUGACUCUGCAAUUGUGAUUAAAAUGUGUUCAUAUUAUUCAUAGCUUCAAAACACGACGUGAGAUUUUGAAAUCAUUCCUGUGGACAGGUGCAAGGAAUUGUGAAGAACAUUGGCACUUUAUUUCAGGUUUAAUCUUCACUCUUCGUUAAUCUGUAAGCAUUCUCAACUCUUAAAACAGUUUGUUGUAAAUGGUUAUUUAAAAACAUCACUUGUGUACCACUUUUAAAUGGAAAAUUAGGGAGAUACAAAUUACUUGUUUAAUGAGCUCUCAUUUCAUUUACCAGAAUAGGGCUUUCUGGGGAUGUGCUUUCACCAUUACACGAGGCCUAAGAGGAAAAUAAAUAUUAUUAUACC